AUGGGACUAGGAAGUGGUCAAGGUCACGAUGCUGGCCGUGACCCCGGGGAUGCGCCCGUGCGAGUGUGCUCUAUAGUCCCGCUCUACGAGUCGCUGGUGUCGUGCAUGUCCGACCUCGACGACGACAGCGUGGCCUUCCCUGACGCGGAGGCCGAGCACGAGUACCAGCAGAUCCCGGCGUUGGAUCCGUUCGCCGACAAGGCCGCUCGGGCGCCGCGGGAUUCUCCGAGGAGCGACAAGAACGGCGCCUCCGGCAAGAGACGAGAUGCGUCCGGGUCAUCGAGCGACGGCCAGAAAGAGACGCAGCACAUCGCGGCGUCCAAACUCAACACGCUGGACGUGAAGCCGGAGAAAGGCGCGAGCAAAGAGAGCAGCCGAAGAGAGGAGAGCCUGGUGUGCCACUGCCAGAGGAAGUCGCCGGAGCGAAGGCACAGCUCAGCCAAGCUCUCGCCCGCCUCGAGGACGUCCGGCAGCGGCUCGUCCCAGUCCCUGUCCUCGCAAGACAACCACAAGAGUGCCAUUUACAUCUCCAACACCACGAUCUGCCGCCGCGACGAAAGCGCGCAGGAAUCGUCUGACUCGGACGACACUUACCAGGACAUCAGCGACGCCCCGACCGUCAUCCACGUCAUCAGUCACAAGGACUCCAAAGACAGCGUUAAGAAACCCGAUAGCUCGCAUGCGCCUAAAGAGAGGUCGAACGCGAGCUUCUCCCCGGCGGACGGUCACCGCCUCCCGCCGCGCUCCGGCCACACCGCCAGCUCGGGCUCAACCAAAACCUGCCUGAAGACGAGGGCGAACAGCGCAGAAAAGCUUCCGCACAGCAAAGCCCAAGGGAUGAGUUACCCGCCGCUCACCAUUGAGCUUUCGGAGAGGAAGGAGGACCCCGCCUGGGGGCCCGAUCCCGGAAAGGCGCGAGGGGGCAAGACCAGCAGCGCUUCCCACUCCUCGACCCCACACAUUAUAACGACCCUCGACCCGCCCCUGAAACCGGCGACGAAAGCACAGACGCACUACGACUCCAUGUCUGACAUACCCCCUCUGGUGGUCAACUUCGACGCCGAAGACUCCGACAGCAACAGUGAAACGUUCAUCGAUAUUGGGACGUCGACUGUAGGUGGGAGCACCUCUAUCUACCUGACGGAGGACGAGACGAGUUCCCUCUACUCCUCCGUGCCGGAUCUGUACUCCGUCGUGACCACAGACCCUGAUUCCUUCGUGUAUGUGUACAAGCCGCCCCCGCGGCGCCAGAGCCUCCUGCAAAAACGUCUUCAAGAUUCAGAGUUGGAUUACAGGUUUCCCGGAUACGUCAUAGCAAGGGGCAGCGGUGGGAGCAGUGGUGGCAGCUGCACGUCGGAGGGCUCUUGGAGCGACACCAUCUCCUUCGUCGAGCCCACCUACCGACCCCCCAACCUCUCGGUGGGCUCCCGCGGCCACCUCAAGAUAGACUACUCGUGCUCCUGGACCCGCUUGGACGACUUCGUACGCACGGCGAGCCCGAGAGGCGCGUCGCAGGAAGUGCCCAAGCUCGUCUACAGGAGCGGCGGAGCUCUGCCCCUCACCCGGCCGCCCAAGGAUGCCUCCCCGGCCUCAGUCUCGCACAGAGGCCCUGCGCUCUCGCCCUGGGAGAGGUACACCGACCCCGUCGCCGGAUAGGCCAGCUGCAGGACACUACACCGUCCUAUGUACAGUGUACUUAUUAACCGUACUUAGAAAGGUUUUUGCAUCGAGGUAUUCCAUUCGCGCUUUUGUUUAGCGCUCGAAAUCUGUGACUUUCAGAACGCAAGAUAUGUUGCCAACAAGCAUUUCUGAAUUUGCUUCCUGCUAUUUGCAACAUCUUCCUUGACGGUCAUGAAUCGCAUGAUCUCUACAGCAAUAUGGAAAAAUGUCAACCGUUCUUUGUUGGGAGAGAAUGGAAUUCCUUCAAGUCAUAUAUAGUGUGCAUAUUGUAUCAAAAGUUUAUGUGAAGCCUUUAAUAGCCUGUGAUAUUAAAGAGUUAUAUAUUACAGACGCUUUCUUCAAACCAAAUUUACUAAUGUUAUCCUUUGUCAGCUCACAUCAAAGGAGUAUCACUCUUUGUUACUCAAGAAAAAUAUACUAUUGAUCAAGA